AUGCUGCCUGUCAAAUAUCUUUCACUUCAAAAAUCAGAGCUCGAAUAUGAGGUUCAGAUCCGAGGUGCUACUGCCGGUUAUUCAGUGGAGGAAAUGCGUAGACAAAUUGUAAAAUUAGCCGCGGAGCACCCGGCUGAACACAUAUUAGAGUCUCCGUUGGAUGUUCAACAGGAUCUUAGGGGUUGCGUAGAAGUGACAUGCGAUCGCACUGUAGCUGACCUGAGUAAAUUAAAAUUUAAUGGCAAAACUUGCGUCCGCUCAUUUAUACAGCGCGUCGACGAAUUUAUUGUUGCACGUAACAUUGCAUCAACAAAAGUAUUAGCUUUCGCCACCGAAAUUUUUCAAGACAACGCUCUGCAUUGGUUCCGUUCGGUACGGGACAAUAUUUCUUCCCGGCCAGAACUCGCUGCUAAAUUGAAAGAGGACUUCGAUCAAUCAAAUUAUGAUUACCGACUUACGACGGAGAUUCGCUCUCGGACUCAGGGUGAACAUGAAAACAUAACUGUUUAUCUGUCAAUUAUGAGUGGUAUGUUUUCUCGCCUCUCGACACCCCCAAGCGAACCGGAGCAGCUCGAAAUCUUACUUCACAAUAUUAGGCCGUGUUACGCAAGUACACUAGCGGCAUCAUCUACCGAAAUUAGGACUAUAGAUUCUUUACGCUCAUUGUGUCGCAAUUACGAGACUUAUCAUUCUCGACAUUCACUAUUUCAGGAGCCACCAAGAGUGACUUCUGACACUGUUGCACCCGAAUUUGCGUACUCUAGGGAAUCAAAUAAAAGUACAAAUAAAUUUAACAACAACACAUAUAAUAAACAAAAUUUUUCAUAUAACAGUAAUUAUAAUAAAGGGCAAUAUUCUAAAAACACCAAUUAUAACCAAAAUCAAAAUCAAAACAAGUCACAACAACAAAAUUAUAUACAUUCCGUGUCUAAUACAGCUCACAACAAUAAACAACAACCGUAUUGCCCGAGGUGUCGUAGUAAUAAUCAUCAUAUUCGGCAAUGUACGGCUAGUAGGGACGUGUUUUGCUUUAAAUGUGGCAAGAAAGAUGUCAAAACACCAGAUUGUCCGGUUUGUAAUAAGAAGGCAAAUACAAAAAACUAGGUGAGCGGAAUUGUAGUUAUUUUGAUGAGCAAGAUUGGGACUCUUGGCUUAAGUUCAUCAAAACAUUCUCUACGUCUUAUCAAAUAUCUACAAUUCUGCAGAAUAAGCCUCUCUUUGAUUCUAGGCCUUAUGUAAAUAUUAAAAUUAACAAUUUGGAUGCUUGUGCUUUGCUAGACUCUGGUGCUGAAGUAACUGUAAUCGGUAACAAUGCCCAUAUCGAUUUAAUAGACUGCACUUUGCAACAGG